CGUCGGCGUCCUCGCGGGCAGGCAGGCAGGCUGGAGCUGGGCUGGGCUGGCGUCAUGAGCGGCGGCGUUGGCGGCGGGAUGUCGGCGGAGCAGCAGCUCCAACAGCGGCUCCUCCGCAGCCGCCUGAGGGGCGCUCAGCACCCGGGCCUGGCGGUGGGCGGCCCGCUGGCGCCGCCGCCGCCGCCGCUCUUGCCUCCGCUGCCGUCCGUCCUGUCCCCGCCGUCGCCGCCGGACUCGCCUCCGCCCGGCACGACCCCGGCCGAGAUCCCGGCGGGCCCGCGCUGCCCCAGCGAGACGUGGUGCUCGCUGUGCCGCGUCUACUGCCCGGACCCGGUGUGCCUGCCGUGCGGCCACAACUUCUGCACGGCCUGCAUCGGGCAGCGCCUGGGCGAGCCCAAGAUCAACAUCUCCUGCCUGGAGUGCGGAGCCACCGCCCGCAAGAGGAACCUGCGGCCCAUCAAGCCGCCGCCGCUCCUGGCCAGCCUGGUGGCGGACAGGCCCAAGAGGCAGAGGCUCGACUCCGGGCCCGGAGGGGCGGUCGCGCUCCCCGCGGCGCCCGUGGUGGUAGCGCCGCCGCCGCCGCUGCCCCAGCAGCCCCAGCCGAUGACAGUGGCCCCCGCAGUGUCUCCGGCGCCGGUAUGCGCACCGGCACCACCACCACCGGCAGCAGCAGCAGCGCCUCCGCCGCCCCCGCCGCUGCUGUCCUUGACGCCGCCCACCCCGCCGUCUCCCGUAGCGCCAGCGGCUCCUGCAGCACCGGCGGCAGACUUGUCGACGUCGCCCCCGCUGCCCAGAAGGUUGUCGGCAGGAGGAUGCGGAGAGGGCGCCGGAGGGAAGCUGUGCGAGAAGCACCGGGACGUGCUGCAGUUCUUCUGCGAGGAGGACCAGGCGCCCAUCUGCGCGCACUGCGAUCGGUCCCAGGAGCACCGGGCGCACGCCGUCUUCCACGUCGAGAGGGCAGCCCGGGACUACAGGGAGAGGGUUCUGGCACAACUAGAGAUCCUGAAGCAGGAGAAGAACACGCUGUGGAGCCAGAAGCUGACUGGAGAGAGGAAAAUUCAGGAUUACAUGGAAACCGUCCAAGCAGAGAGACAGGAGAUCAUCUCUGAAUUUGAGCGCCUCCACCAGUUUCUCAAAGAUGAGGAGCAGCACCUCCUCGCCCAGCUAGAAGAGCUCGAUAAAGAGAUAGAGAAGCGGAAGGACGAAAUGGUUACCAAACUCUCCGAAGAGCUUUCCCGUCUCGGCGACGUGAUCGCCGAGAUGGAGGUGAAAUGUAAGCAACCGGCAGCCGAAUUUUUGCAGAUGUACUUCCAGGUCCCUCAGCCUGACCUGAAGGCUGUUGAGAAGCUGGCCUGGAUGACCUCAUUCCUUCAGGUUCAUGUCGGGACACAUCGGGUAUGGCUGCCAUGCAGACCUCUAAGAAACAGUUGCAGCACCAGGGAGACCACCGUGCCGCGAAGGCUCCCGUGUGUAACCAGAGCACCCCCCACCUCUCCUGUCUUGGAGCUAACACCAGAUGUGCCACCUCUAGGAUCCCAGGACAUUAAAAAAACAAUGAGCAGGUGUGCAGCAGGGCAUUUCCAGCCAUCCGAAGAAGCUUCUCCUAAGCUCGAAGAGAGGCUGGAUGACUUCUCACGGAAAGGGAAGCUUCUGAAGGAAACUCUAAAUAGAUUCCAAGAUAAUGUGACAUCUGUCGUGGAGAAAGGAGAGACUGUGAAAACACUGAACGAUAAAGAUGCUGCUCUCUAUCCGGAUGUACCAAGUGCUUUUCUACCGUUGGACCGAAGGAACGCAGGAUGCGAAGAACUCCAGGAGAGGCUUCCCGCCUUAGACUACGUCCCCGACGCACCCAAACGAUUGGAUUCCAGAGCUUUGGUUCUGGGCUGUGACGGGUUUACCUCUGGGAGAUACUUCUGGGAGCUGGAAGUGGGCGAUGGGGAAUUCUGGGCCGUCGGGGUCACCCGAGACCCGUCAAAGAAGAAGGGCAUGAUGGGCUUCAGCCCAGAGGAGGGGAUCUGGGCCGUGGGGUUGUGGAAGGGCCAACACUGGGCUCUCACGUCCCCUGUGACCGCCCUGUCCUUGAGCAUGCCCCCAAGGAGGAUCCGAGUGUCCCUGGACUAUGUGGGGGAGUGUGUGACCUUUACGGAUGCGGACACCGACAGCCCCAUAUUCACGUUCCCACCGGCCUCUUUUAAUGGGGCGCGUACCCACCCCUUGCUGUGGGUGGUGGGGUUCCCCGCUCAUUCUGUGUUUCUGAGGCACAUGGGAGUGAAAUACCCAGCCGGGGUCCAUGAGAUGGAUCUCCUGAGUCCAUGAUUUUAACCUCUUUCCAUGGACCCUAUGUAAGAGGGGGGGCGGGGAGAUGUCUAACUGGCCAAAGCAGAGAACCAAGCUCUUUGGGAGCAAGAAAGUUUGCGUGUUUUACCUCUGUGUGAUCUUUGGAGAAUAGGAGGAGGUGGCAGAACUGUUCUCCUUGCACCAAGGCCUUACGAUGUUGCCCUAUGGAAUAGCACAAGGACUGUGAAUGAAGAAGACUUGUAGGCCUUGAAAAAUAGUAUCGCUGUUAGGACAUCCUUCAUUAUACAAAGGAUUGUCAAGACUCCUCUUCCUAGUGGUAGGUUCGAGCUUGUUCAGUUUGUGGGGGGGAACUUGCAGAUAUUAAAAAUGGAAAUUUUAACUGCAUUUUCAGCUGGUUCAUAUUUAACACAUUUUUAAUUUAUUUAUUUUCCUUUAAAAGCAACUGCAUUUUAGCUUUAAUACCUAGCAGCUGAUUUAUGUUUCAUUGAAAGGGUUUGCUCAGAAUGGAACACUUCAUCCAGAAAAUUUUUGCUUCCUCUGUGGGUGACCCUAGCACAGACGUGAUGAUCCUGAAUUGGGCAUCCUCAGAUGUGGCAGAUCUGUUUGUGGAUAGCUUUUAAUCCAUUCUCUAGGGCAGAUUGAUCUCUUUCCUCCCACUGGUUCAUUCUGAAGCCCAAUUUUACUCCUGCUUUACUCAGUUGGUACAAAUCCUCCACACAACAAUGCUAAACUGGGUGUUCCAAUUUUCCUGAAGGUGACAAAUACAUAGCGUCUAAACAUUGUGCAAAGAAUCUUAGGACAAUAGUUGAGGUGGCUACAUUUAUAAAAAACAACAACACACCAAACAUGUAGUGUUCUUCAAAGCAUUUCUCACACUCUGCUUUUGGAAUAUCUCUCUUUUCUGAAUGGGUAUUUCCCUUUGUGAACAUGGCACUUACUGGACACAGCAUGAUUUUAGAGUGAAUGGGAUCCAGUGCCAUCCUUUUUUUGUAUAUCACAGGAAAAAAGAAGCCUGUUUUAAUAAAGUUGCCUUCCCAGUAACAGGAAAACGGUGUGAAAAUGA